CCAUCAUCCACAGCAACGCCCACCUGCCUUCCUUUCUCUUUCUCUCCUUAUCUCCUCCUUUCCCACUUUCAUGUCCCACUUUUCUGCUACUCUUCUACUUUUCCCAGACAAAACCCUCCCUCUUUUUUCUCCUAUAUGUAUUUGCUUUCAUGGGUAGAAGAGAAGCAAGCUUCUUUCGAGCAUCUUAAUAGAAAAAAUCUGUCUUUUUUUCCAUUUUUUGGUUCUUUCUUCUUAUUUUUGCGUUAGCUUAUGAGCAGGAUGACACGUUCUUUGAAAAUUCUGUCGACGGUGGCAGCUCCACCGCCAGAGAUCGUGCCCCUGGAGACUGAUUUUGUUGUGAUAUUAGCUGCUCUGCUUUGUGCAUUGAUAUGCGUGGUGGGUUUCAUUGCGGUGGCGAGAUGUGCGUGUUUCGGCCGCCGGGGUAGUGUCGGCACUAAUCAGAACAACAGAGCCGCCGCUCGUGGUUCGGCCAACAGAGGUCUCAAGAAGAAGAUCCUUCAAUCCCUCCCAAAGUUCACGUACACCAAGGACAGUGGCGGAAUUGCAAAGUUUGCUUCAAUGGAGUGUGCGAUUUGCUUGAGGGGAGUUCAUGGAAGGGGAUGAGACCAGGGCGUUGCCCCAGUGCAGCCAUGACUUCCAUGUCCUCUGCAUCCAAAAUAAUUGGUUUUGAAUUAUUGAUAACUCAGACGUUAUACCUUAUAUUAUUAUAUAUUGUUGUUUCUGAUUUUGUUUUUGUUUGAUUAAACAUGGUGUAGUUAA